AUGUUGCAGGGUCUUAUUCUCUGAAACAGCUGCUACCUGCCAAAUAAAAAUUCUGAGGCCGCCCAAUCCAUGAGUGGGCAUCGAAGCAUAAAGAGGCGAUGUGGGGAGUCACACCUGGAAUCCCCCGCGGGCUGCGGUCACGGUCCCGCUGCUGGAUGUGUGUUAAGCAAACUAGUUCAGUUGCCUACACCUCCUUUGUCAAAGCACCAGCUGAAACGGUUAGAAGAACACAAAUAUCAGAGUGCUGGACGAUCCCUGCUUGAACCCCUAAUGCAAGGUUACUGGGAAUGGUUAGUUGGAAGAGUUCCAGCCUGGAUUGCACCAAAUCUGAUCACCAUCAUUGGACUGUUAAUAAAUAUAUUUACAACUCUGCUAUUAGUAUAUUACUGCCCAACAGCUACAGAACAGGCACCACCCUGGGCAUACAUUGCUUGUGCAUGUGGGCUCUUCAUCUAUCAGUCUCUGGAUGCUAUAGAUGGGAAACAAGCAAGAAGGACAAAUAGCAGUACUCCGUUAGGAGAACUCUUUGAUCAUGGCUGUGAUUCCCUUUCCACAGGUAUUGUAAUUUUUAAUAGAAGGGUGAAAUAA